AUGGGUUCUGAACUGUCGUUAAAAGUUGUCGCCAGUUUUUCGAGUGAGUUAUCCAGUAUCGCCGAGAUUCAAUCGACGGAUACCGGUGGAUUAUACGGAUUGAUCAUUCCAUUACAUCAUCCAAUUCCUUCUUACGGAUUUCGUUUCGUAGAAUAUCUAUUCCGCCGAAAAUCUAUUGUGCACCUGGAAUUAACAGUGCCAGUACUUUGUCUGUUAGCAGCAACGAUUAUUUUACCUCUUCUAGGAGAUGGUCCUCAUUGGAAUGACCUGUUAAGCGAAGUACAUGAAAUUGUAGAGAAUUGGCCCAAAUAUGUUUUUCAUUACAGUAAUUUCAUAGAAUACAAUGCUGGAAAUUCCAUUAGACACCAACAUAUAUGGUUUAUAAACGCCUUGAUUCAGCUAAUUCUUGUGGCUAUACCUCUACUAUACGUAAACAACAGAUGGCCAAAAUGUGGAAAAACUAUCACAGUGAUGUUAAUCAUGGCAGGAAUUGUAUCGCACAUCAUUAAUACAAUUGUAUACCAAGAUCACACAAUGUUUGGUUAUUCUUUUCUAUAUACAAAAAUUGUGAAUUACAUGAAUCACAAUUAUCUUAAACCUUAUUAUUCACAUCUCAACUCAUUUUAUACCGGAUUUUUAAUUGGAUGUUUUCUAUCGAAGAAAAAAGAGAUUAAAUUUGGAUAUAAAACACUUCUGGUGUUUUGGAUCGGUAGUAUUAUAUUGAUAAUCCUGGCAAUAUUUGGAUUGCAUGGAUAUAAAAGAGAAACGUCACCAAACGACACUAUAGUGUACUUAUAUCACACGUUAUCUCCAUUUGCUUUUACUGUGGCUACCGCAUGGGUCUCUGUUGCAUGCAUUACAGGAUAUGGUGGUAUCUGUAAUCGAAUUUUUUCAUUGCGAAUAUUUUGUAUGUUGGAUAAAUUAAUUAUGUGGAUCUACCUACUUCAUGUACUAGUUAUAAUGUACAUUUAUGGUCAUUUACGGAAAGGUCUUUACGUAUCAGCAACAACUAUGUGGAUGUUGUUCUUAAUGGUGAUUUGUCUAACCUUCAUAGCGUCGUUACUCAUGCAUUUAUUUGUGGAAACACCUUUAAAUUAUCUUAUUGAUAAAACAAUUAAUUUUAUCUCCAAGAAAAAAAGAGUGGACAGAAAGGAAGAAUGCAGAAUUGAUAAUUUGCGUGAAAAUCAAAACAACGACAAUAAUGAAGCCUAA